AUGGCUGAUUCACAACAACCUCAACCUCAAUCGCAACAACAUCCCCUAUCUCUCCGUCCUGGUGGCCCUUCGCCUUCAUCUUCUCCUCAACCUUCACAGCCUCUCCAGUACGAGUUCGAUUCCGACAUGCCACCUCAUCAAACGCGUCAUGCGUCGGGCUCCGGCUCCGGCUCAGGAUUCGGGCCCAGCUCGGGCCAUAUCAUGGGACCUGCUCCGUCUCAAUCACCACCUUUACAACCGCCUUCCAACGCGAAUACCUAUGGCGGCCGAUUUCCCAGCCAAUACUUCCCUCCCCAAUCACCGACCAAUGAACCCGGCACAUCUUCAGGAAACCCGUUCGCCGAUGGGCCUCGCUCUCGAAGCAGCACCAUGGGUCAAAACUAUCCCAUCGCCGUCUCAUCGUCGUCGCAGAAUGGCCCACCCACAAUGCCCAUCUCACCACCACGGCAAAAUGCCCAACCACUGAUCGCCCAACACAGCGGUUAUGCUCAAUCCGCCCGCCCCGUCUCCCGCUCCGCCGCCCCGGGACCGUCCGGCACCAACUCCAUGCCCAUGAUGCCCUCGAUGCCUGCCGGCAGUGGACCGAGCACGCGACCCACCAGUGCCAAAUCUCCCUUCUCACCCCCCGUCACCUCUCCUCCACGCCCCCGCCCGCAUCAGAUUCUUCUCAUCAACCCUAACUCCACCCGAUCCAUGACCGAAGCAUGCCUCAACUCCAUCCGCCCCGUGAUCCCCACGGGUGUCGAAGUGACCGGCUACACCGCGCCCUACCCCGCCCCCACCGCCAUAGAAUCCACCACCGAUGCCAUCAUGUCCACCGAAGCCGUCCUGCGCGAUCUGGCCAAACACGCCGCCUCCAACGGCGAAACGGUGCAAAAUUUCGACGGCAUGCUCGUCGCAUGCUUCUCCAAGCACCCUCUGAUCGACGCCCUGCGAGAAUCCUACGACGUCCCCAUCAUCGGCAUCAUGGAAGCCAGCCUGUAUGUGUCACGCAUGCUCGGUGGCCGCUUCGGCAUCGUCGCCACGGCCCAACGCUCCAAGAUCCUCCAGGACGAUCAAGUCGCCGCGUACGGCCUGUCGCACUUCUACAUCGGCAGCGAAGCUACCCAUCUGGGCGUGCUGGAGCUCGAGUCCCGCCCGCGCGACGAGGUCUCGAAGCGCAUUGCCCAUGCGUCCCGGGCACUGGUGAUGAAGGGCGCCGACACCAUCGUGCUUGGCUGUGCCGGCAUGACGGACCUCACGCGCGCGGCGAAGGAUGGUGUUCGUGACGAAGACGGAAGGAGGACGGUUAAUGUCAUUGAUCCGGUCGAGGCGGGUGUGAUGAUCUUGGCGAGUUUGAUUGGCAUGGGCAUCCCCACGAGUAAGAAGGGUUUGUUCAAAGGUGAGAAGGAAGUCAGGAGGACCCGAGGUCAGAAUUGGUUGUGA